AUGGAGUACACAAAGGGUCGAAUCUUCAUGGAUCCUACACUUCCCGAACUGAAACCAAGCGAGCGAAAGGAAAUUUAUAACGAAGCCAUUCGCACGCUUAGCAAAAUUCACUCCGUAAAUCAUGGUAAAGUCGGUCUGGGUGACUACGGUAAGAAAGAAGGCUAUAUGAAGAGGAACCUGGAGCGUUGGGCGAAGAACUAUGAGAUAGCCAAAACCGAUGAGAUUGCUGAGAUGAGUCAACUGCACGAUUAUCUUUGCAAGAAUAUUCCUGAGGACAGUAAAGACAUCACCAUAGUGCACGGUGAUUUUCGCUUGGACAAUCUGGUUUUCCAUCCAACUGAAAAUCGUGUGGUUGCUGUGCUGGACUGGGAGACAUCAACGAUCGGGGACUCAUACGCAGAUGUUGCCACGUUCCUCUUUCCACAUUACAGCACCAUCAAAAAUAAGGUAUUACCUGGUAUGGGUCAUCAUACCGAAGAAGAAUUCCAUCGGCUCGGAGUCCCCACAGUCUCAGAGGCUCUUGAGUUGUAUGCACAUACUCGGCAGGUAGAGCUCAUUGAUCCGAACAAAUGGGUCUUCUAUAUCGCAUUCGUCGUCUACCGUUUUGCCAGCAUCGUACAAGGAGUGUAUAAGCGAUCACUGCAAAAGAACGCUGCCUCUACAGAUGCCCACAAAUUGGCAGUUGUGCCACGAUUAUUGGCAAGUUUAGGUCUGACCAUUGUAGGAAGGAUGCAGCACGGUGUCAGGGAAAUCGGACUCCUUGCCAUCGUUCCACAAUCGCUGCAUGGAAAGGCCCGGAAGUUCUACGAAAUGGUCAAGAAAAUUGUUCACGAUGAAAUUAUUCCGUUGGAAGCCGAAGCAUCGCUCUAUUACCAAGGACCUGACCGAUGGACACCGUACAGGAAACUUGAGAAGAUUAAACACAUUGAUCCUGAAGGUGUCUAUGGAGCUGGCCUAACCAACGUGGAGUAUGCUCACAUCUGUGAAUUGAUGGGCCGGAGCCCGUAUGCGCCCGAGGUCUUCAAUUGUCAGGCGCCAGAUACUGGUAACAUGGAAGUACUGAUCAAAUAUGGUAACGAGGCUCAGAAGAAAGCAUGGCUCUUACCUUUGCUGAAAGGUGAAAUGAAAAGCUGUUUCGCUAUGACGGAACCAGAUGUGGCCAGUAGUGACGCUACAAACAUACAGGGCUCAAUCGUACGGGAUGGUAACGAGUACAUCAUAAACGCCAGAAAAUGGUUCACUUCGAAUGCUGCUCAUCCUGACUGUAAAAUCUGCAUCUUCAUGGGACAAAUGGCUGGCAAAGCGGUGAGUUAG